AUGGGCUCCGUCGUCCUCCCCCAUCUGCCCACUGGCUGGCACGUCGACCAAGCCAUCAUGUCUGAAGAAGAGCGCCUGGUCAUCAUUCGCUUUGGCCGCGACUGGGACAAAGAUUGCAUGGCACAAGACGAGAUUCUGUUCCGGAUUGCCGACCGCGUCAAGAACUUCGCCGUCAUCUACCUCUGCGAUCUGGACCAGGUCCCUGACUUCAAGCAAAUGUACGAACUAUACGACCCCAUGACCAUCAUGUUCUUCUUCCGCAACAAGCACAUGAUGUGCGAUUUCGGCACCGGCAACAACAAUAAGCUCAACUGGGUUCUCGAAGACAAGCAGGAACUAAUCGACAUCAUCGAGACCAUCUACCGCGGCGCGAAGAAGGGUCGUGGUCUGGUUGUGUCGCCGAAGGACUACUCUACCCGCUACCGGUACUAG